CAUUAUUGUUUUGUUACUGUUGACAUUACACUGUGAGGUCGUACAUGGACCUCACGAGUAUGAUAGAUGAAUUGCGCGUGCUUUGCUUUUUUGGUAGUAUCCGAUGCGGGAUGAGGGAUCUUGUGGAGCGGCAAAACAUGCAGAUUAACCCCUCAACUCCUCUAUCGGUGGCAAAUCAACCCCUCAACUCAGUUCACGCGCAAACUAACCCUCCAACUCGUUUGUGGUGGCAAAUCAGCCCCUAUGUUAAACUUGACAUCAUCGAACCGUUAAGUUUUAACGUUUCACUUAUUAGCCCUUGUUCUGCGUUUGACCAGGAUUGUUUUAUUGGAGAACAAACCAGGGAAAAUCAAGCAAAUCCAAGCCAGAAGAUUGAGGAGAUUCAAGGACAUAAGCAUCAGGAGAAAAUCAAGGAGAGCAAAUAUCAGGGAAGAAAUCAUUCAAGUCAGCAACGGUAAAGAAGUUAGUCAAGCUCCUAAACAUGAGGGAAAUAUGGAGACUAACAGAGUAAUUCCAGAGAGAAUUCAAACUGACACAAAAGGAAAGAAUCCCACAAUAAUUCCAAUAUGAUCGUUGGCCACUAAAUAUAUUAUGCAUUCUUUG